AUGAGGGAAGACGACUCCAAUUGGUUCGCUCGAUGGGAAGAGGAGCUUCCUUCCCCUGACGAGCUCAUGCCAAUCACUCAAACCCUAAUCACUCCCGAUCUCGCCCUCGCCUUCGACAUCCGGAAUUCCACCAACUCCUCCGCCGCUGCUGCGGCGGUGGCAGCGGCCAGCAAUUCGCUCCACCAGAAUCAGCCGGUCCCCCCGCCGCCGCCUCCUUUACCGACGCACAACUCGUCCGAGUUCGCCGCCGACUCGUCGGCGGAGCUGGGGUCCGGCACCGGGGGCGACGAGCCGGCGCGGACGCUGAAGCGGCCGAGGCUGGUGUGGACGCCGCAGCUGCACAAGAGGUUCGUGGACGCCGUCGCGCACCUGGGGAUCAAGAACGCGGUGCCCAAGACGAUAAUGCAGCUCAUGAGUGUGGACGGGUUGACUAGGGAGAAUGUCGCCAGUCAUUUGCAGAAGUACCGGCUCUACCUCAAGCGGAUGCAGGGGCUGUCGUCCGGCGGCGGCGGCGGUGGUGGCGGUGUUGGUGUCGAUGCGGCUACCGACCAUUUGUUCGCGAGUUCCCCUGUGCCGGCGCAUUUCUUGCAUCCCGGUAGGCCGCCUAAUUCCGAUCAUUUCCUGCCGUUUGUUCCCGUCAGCGCUCUUCAGCAUCACCAUCACCAGCAGCAGAUGGCGGUGGCUGCCGCAGCGGCCGUAGCUCAUCCGCAGUUGCAGGGUCAGUACCAUAGGCAGAUGGGGCAUUUCGGGUCGCCUCCCAAUGGGCAAUUCGAUCAUCCCUUUCUUGCUAGGCCGGCGGCGCAGCAGCAAGCUGUGCAUAGAAUGGGACCGCCGGUGCACAAUGCGCCGGUUCCAGGGUAUGUGGAGGAUUUGGAGUCGGCAAAUGGAAAUGCUGGAAGGAAAGUUCUCACUCUGUUCCCUACUGGAGAUGAUUGA